AGAUUAAUUGAUUCUAUUAAGUCCAUCAAGUCCAGGUCAGCUUUUCUUGUGAGAAAAAAAUCAGAUUACUGAAAUAAAAUGUGCGAUUACAAGAUUUCCGAGCGCGCUUAUACAAAAUUGAUAUUUCAUGCGGCCAAGUACCCACACUUGGCUGUGAACGGGGUGCUACUUGGCGAAAAGUCUCCCAAAGGUUCCACCGUGGUCAUCGUGGACGCAAUACCGCUUUUUCAUCAAUGUUUGCACGUCACUCCUAUGGCCGAGAUCGCGUUAAUGCAGAUCGAUGCUUACGCUGAACAAAGUGGUUUAAUUGUUAGUGGAUAUUACGCGGCGGCAGAGAACUUCUAUGAUAACCAAAUAGAAAGGGCACCUGCUGUAAAAAUUGCAGACAAGAUUCAGGAGAACAAUAAGGACGCGUGCUUUGCGUUGAUUGACAACAGGCUGAUGUCGCUGGAUCACGAGCGCGCCGCUCUUCUCGUGUACAAUUGUUCUGGUGAGCCUGGCCGCUGGUCAAAGGCCAAUUACACUCUGUCGCAAUCAACACAAACGCUCGAAGCCGUGUCUUCGCUGCUCAAGCGUGGAGCAAUGCGCGACGUCAUUGAUUUUGAUAAUCAUUUAGACAAUCCGGAAAAUGACUGGACCAAUGAGUUUCUAAACAAGGAUCUAAAACAAUUGCUCGCCAUGUACUAGAUCCUCGAUAGGCGGGUCCAAUGUUCAUUUUACGUUCCAAAUACUGUUGGUGCUGCGACGGUUGCUGAUGGUGAUAGUGAUGUGACCUUCGGCUGAUCGACGAUGUGCUGUUCUUGUUCGAACUGUCCUCGGAGAUGUCGUCGAAGGCAGGGGGUGGUGUUGAACUGCAUGAUGGAGUCGUGCCUAGCAAUACAUGGAAUCAAUGUACAAUGAAUAACGCCAACGUAUGUAUAUACUAUAUACAGUCAAAUUUCUCUAUAAAGAAGUCUAGUUUAAAAAUUUAACUUCCUCUCAAGACCGAAGAUACAUUCAAUUCCUUUGAUCUGUGUGAGGUAAUUGCCUUAUUAUAAUCGUUAUAGAGAAUUUUGGUGGAGGGUGUGCUUUAGAAUACAAAGUGUCAUGAGCUCGAAUGGGGCAAGCAAAAUGUCAAGCAAGGAUCAGGCAUAACUAUUCCGCCGCGUGCUCGGUGAGCUAGAGAUUGGCGUGUGGUUCUGGUCAAAGAUCUCCUUGGCAGCCACACAUGAUGAACACG